AUGGAGGAGAUUAAUACGCUAGAUAACCAUCCGGUUAUUGUAGUUCAGUCGGAACAGGACAGAUACGCGAUGCAAAGAGAUCAUGCAGUUGAUCGAAUCAAUGCAAUAAUCGGGAAUAUUGAGUCCUAUAAGAACGAUGUUUUCUCACUGGAAACUAGAAGAGAAAUGUUAAAAGAGUGCUACAAAAAUUUUGAUUUAGCACAGAGUUAUUUAGAGCAAUGGAUUCCCGACGAAACAAUCAAGCGAGAUCCGAUUGAGAUGCAAUACGUGAGCGGACUGGCACUGUUUGAAAAAGCAAUUGCCAAUAAGAAAACUACGUCAGAAUCAACAGGUAGAGACAAUGUACGCCUUCCGUCGGUCGAUUUGCCAGUUUUCAACGGUGACAGUGAAAAUUGGCUCGAAUGGUACGACAAGUUUAACGCAAUGAUCCACAAUCGCUCAUCAUUGGCUGUCAUUCAGAAAUUUGAAUAUUUAAAAUUAUCUCUUAGAGGAACAGCCCUAGCAAUAAUCGACUCGCUGCCAACCACCGAAUCGAAUUAUGCUAUUGCAUACGAGCUUCUUACUAAACGCUAUAAUAACCCCAAGUUACUAGUACAAAAACACACAAAGGAACUUUUUGAGUUAAAAGGUGUGGAGGAGGAAUCUGCAUCUGCUUUACGCUAUUUGUUUGAUUCAGCUAGAAAACAUCUGAGAUGCUUGCAAAUACUAUAUCAACCAGUCGAAUCGUGGAAUGCUGUUCUUAUUCAUCUCAUGUCGAAUAAACUAGACGUAGCAACUCGGCGAGAAUGGGAAUCCUCCAUAUCAGGAACCUCGCCUCCCGUAUAUGAUCAACUGGAACUAUUUGUGUUGGACAGAUGUCAAAUGUUAGAUGCAAUGCCAAAAAAGCGUAAAACAUCGGAUCAGUUUCAUCAACAGAAAAAGUAUCGCCCAGAAGUAAGAACCAUGACCGUUAGGACUGAUAACGCGCUAGGAUGUAUUGCCUGUGGAGCAGAACACUACGUGGGAAAGUGUCACCGAUUCGAGCAAAAGUCAUUGGAGGACAAGGUGAAGUUGAUUAAACGAUUCGCAUUAUGUUUUAACUGCCUGAAGUCAAACCACACGGCAGACAAGUGUCGCAACCGAGGCUGCUUCAAGUGUGGUGGUAAACAUCAUACAACCAUACAUCGAGAAAAACCACAGAGAACAAAUGGUCGAGAUACCCGGCACGAGAGUCAAUAUCAAAAAAAGUCUGAUCACUUCUGGCCAAACAAAUCACUUCUCCCAACAGCUUUAGUGGAAGUAAAAUCUAAUGGAAACCCGCCUGUGCCAUGUCGGGUCCUAUUGGACUCUGGUUCGCAAUCCAACAUUGCAAGUGCCGAGUUAAUUGAACAUAGCGGGGCUCAAAUAAUUAAUGCUACGACCAAGAUAAUAGGGCUUGGAAAUAGUAUGCACAAAAUAGAAAAACAGGCGUGCAUAACUAUUAAAGCAAAAAUCUCGGAAUAUCAGAAAACCAUCCAAGUGUUGAUUACAGAUUAUGUCACUGGGCCGUUGCCACAGGAGGAUAUAGAUAUCAGUGAAUGGGAUCUCUCUGAUAUAAAUUUGGCAGAUCCAGAGUUUCAUUUGAGCAGACCGGUGCAGUUGCUGUUAGGUGCAGAAGUGAUGUUUGACAUUCUGCGUACAGGAAAUAAAAAACUGGCCCAACAUUUACCAGCUAUACAGAACAGUGCAUUAGGGUGGCUGGUAGGAGGAGAUGUCACACGAAUGAGAAAAUGGUCGGAAGAAGAAAUACUCUGCGAACAAUUGUUUGUCGAAACCACCGAACGAGAUGCAAAUGGCCGUGCAGCACAGGAUGAAAACUUUCAGAUGAUAAACUUAUUCGAAGAACUGGAGAAAAACGAAAAUUAUUCCCGCGUUAGUUGGUAUGUUGCCAGAGAGCGCAGUUCUGUUGAGUGUGGUGGAGUCUUCAAAAGGCUGCAAAGUGAAAUAUUAUCCCCGGAAUAUCCAGAAAAUUAUGGCGAUGAGCUGCAUUGUGAAUACACGUUUAAGUCUCCAUUCGUGUGCAGUAACCAGUAUCAUUUUCAGUUCUUGGAUUUUGGAUUAGAACCGUCGAGGAAUUGUUACAAAGAUCGGUUCGUCAUCGGAGAUGAUGAAGUGUUGUGUGGUUCAGUGAUCGGUUCGAAAAAGUACAAUUCAACGAACGGAAUUUUGAAAGUGAAGUUUGUAACCGAUGGAUGGGGGGCUGACAGAGGAUUUCGAAUUGUCGUAACCAGACUACCAUGUGAUGAUGAUACUGAAGGUGUUGACUCGUCUACGGCUUUCACGGUUUAUACUACUAUUCAGGUGGCAGAAGAAACUACAGUACCAAAUGUCAGCUUAGACGAAGAACUUUUGCCGCCGAAAACAAGCUUUGCUGUCAGUAAUCGACAGGACAUUCCUCCGGAAUUUAAUCCGGGCAACAAUGGGUACCUCCCUCCAGCAACAACAAUACCUCCAUCCUACCCCGUGAAUCAAUGUCUUCCGCCAUGUUUCUAUAUUCCAAACUGUUAUCCAAAUUAUCCUGGUAGUAAUGGUGGAGGCCCACAACCAGCCAACCCUGCAUAUCCAAGCUACCCAGCUUAUCCGAAUUACCCAUCAACUCCAAGCUACCCGAUUUAUCCAAAUUAUCCUUCGUUUCCCGGAACGAUAACGCCUACCAACCCUAACUAUCCAUAUCCGGCCACUCCAUAUUAUCCAAAUCCAAUCACGCCAACCAUUCCAAACUACCCGAAUUACCCGAACUACCCAAACUAUCCUACCAACAACGACGAAGGAACCAACUCGAUCGGAGGAACUCACCCGGGUUAUCCACCUCCCAUUAAAGACACCGAGCACGAGCUGGCCGAGAACGGUACCAGUUCCGAUCAGCCACAGCGUCAGGAUAUACCACCACCGCCCUUUUUGCCGCCACAACCAGUCGCACCGCAACGCUGCUGUCGUAACGUUUUCAACCACAAGCGGUUCUACCUGGUCAGUCCGAACUUUCCGUCCUAUUUUACCGCCAAUCGGGACUGCUUCUACCAAAUCUAUCGUUACUCGCCGAACACAUGCCGAUUGAUAAUCUCGUUCAAAUUCUUCCUGCUGGGAGACGAACGGUCCGGCUGCAGUGACGCUUUUCUGGAAAUCGAUGGUCGUCGGAUCUGUGGCUGUCGAACCGGUAUGGUUUACACCAGUCAGUGGGACAAUUUUCCGAAAUCGAUUCGUGUUUUUAGUAGAGCCAACCGGUUCACUAACGUGCAAGGAUACGUGUUGGACAUCUACCAGGAGGCAUGUCCCUAUCGGUACGUUCGCAGUCAACCGCCGCCGGCAGCUCAGGACCGGAUUGGCUACAUCGGUACAGUUCAGCGGCUGACUCCGGUUAAAGUUUCCACGGUUGCGACAAACGCCAGUUCACUGUACACUUACUAUUAUUACAACGCGGAUCACCAGCCCCAGCCGGAAGCGAAGCGAGCGGCUACCGUGGCUGUCCAGCGGUACCCGGAGGGACCGAAUUCUAGAUUUUACUAUCCAAAUAAUUUUAACUCGUACGGAUCCUGUUCCUUUAGUGCCCUCGAUUGGUUGCGACUGAAAGUGGAAUCGCUAUGGAUUGCAAAACCGGGGUGUUAUUGA